AUGUUGGAGUUGAUACAUACACACUGGAGAAGACAGCCCGUUUGUAAAGUUCGAUGUUUAGGUGUCCCAACUGUCGACAUGGACAACAUUUGCUUGUGCAUCGAGGAAAAAUCCGGUGGAAAGAUUAUUCAUAGGGUGGGCGGAGUUUUAUACGUUUUUCGAGGUAGAAACUAUGAUCACCAAAAGCGUCCUAAAUUUCCCGUCAUGCUUUGGAAGCCCGCCACCCCAGUUUACCCAAAGCUUAUACAAGAAGCUCCCGAGGGGUUAACUAAAGAAGAAGCAGAUGAAUUGAGAACGAAAGGCAAAACCCUUUUGCCAAUUUGUAAAUUAGCGAAAAAUGGAGUCUAUCUUACACUGGUGACCGAUGUAAGGACUGCUUUUGAAGGAUCAAUAUUGGUGAAGAUAGAUUGUAAAGGGAUGCAUGCAAGUGAUUACAAGAAAUUAGGAGCUAAGCUCAAGGAACUUGUACCUUGUGUUUUGCUUUCGUUCGAUGAUGAACAAAUACUGAUGUGGAGGGGUAGAGAGUGGAAAUCUAUGUACGAAGAAGAUGGGAUUACUAAAAUCAAUGGCAGGUUUAGUGAUGGCUCAAAGUCAAGAGCCAACAACAAUGUUUCAGGAAAAGCUUCGGUGCUUGACGAUUUUGACCUCAGUCCAGACGAGCUUUUGUCGAGAGUUGAGGAAUUUGACAGCAAGUCUCGGACAAUAGAGCAGUCGGAUCCAGCCAUGAUAUAUUUGAAUAAAGAAAGUUCAUCGACUUCAAAAUUUGACAAAGGUUAUGAAUACGAUGAUUCAUAUGAUGAUGAAUAUGAUGACUCGUUUGAAGCAGUCAAUAAUUCGGUCCCAGUUGGAUCACUGCCCAUUGAUUUGUUAGCUAAGCAGCUGACGGACGUGCUAGCUAAACGGGCCCGUCAUGACAGUGGACACGACGGCCCGGGAUUAUUGGUUGAACUGGAGAUUUUUGCUCUGUGCAAUAUGGAUCUUGGUAGCUAUGGUUUUUGGAUUGAGGCCAAGCUUGGGGAACAUGUUCGAAAUCAGUCGGCUGUAUUUGGCUGCUCGUUUAUCGAGUUAUUGCUUUUUAUGUGUGCUGGGGCUGUUGUACUUACUGAUAUCGUCUUUUGGCUCAUAAUUUAUGCAUUUCUCACCGGCAAAGAUUACAGAUUAAACUUCCUCGUCGUUAGCGUGCAUUCUGUGAAUGCCAUUUUCCUCCUUGGCGAGACAUUUUUAAAUUGCCUGAAGUUUCCCUUCUUUCGGAUUGCAUAUUUUGUUUUGUGGACGUGUGUUUUUGUCGUUUUUCAAUGGAUCUUUCAUGCCUUUGUUUCAAUGAGAUGGCCUUAUCCUUUUCUGGACUUGUCAUCUCCAUAUGCUCCAGCAUGGUAUUUGGCCGUAGGCGUGCUACAUUUACCGUGUUUUGCGGUAUUUACUCUCGUGUUCAAGAUAAAACAGUGGUGUCUACAAAAGACAGUUGCUUCAGAAUGAAAAUGGGUAGCUCUGCUCAAGAAUGAAUCUCUCUUAUUCACUCUUUUUUACUUGAAAAACGUACAAAAUUAGACCAUCGAAUUUUUUUGUCACAGUGACAUUUGAAUUGUACAGUUUCGAUUGAUGUUUCCAGGUCAAAUUGGAACUGAUAUUCUAUAAACACAACACAAAUUUCAUAAAAAUCUUCAUGAAUCCAUGAUUAAUGCAUUUGAAUAAACCGUACAAGCAAAAUUAACAAAUUCAGGCCUAGCAACAAAUCAAAUGGAAUGUCUAAAAUGUCUAAAAGCUUUUACAAUGUUCUCUGAUCAACUGCUCUCUGGGAAAAAUAUGGUCUAAGCUUUUACAUGUUGUCUGACAAACUGCUCUAACUGGGAAAUAU